AUGUCGAAUUCGAAUCGCCCGAAUCCACGCCCGCGCCGCAUCGACGAUGCUCUCUCCCAGCUUGUCGACUCGCUGCUCCCGGAGAUCUCGAUUGCCUCGCUCCCACGAGACCACGAAUACACCAACCAGGAAACAGCUGUCGCUGCUGCGGAGGAACGGCGCCAUCAAUUUCAUCUCGAGCGUGCUUGGCAAUUACUCGAGGCGAACCCAAGCGGCGCAGCUGACCCGAGCUCGUUGAGCGGCCGCCGCGGCAGCAUCGCCGUUGACGACGUCAAUCACGCACCGGAUCUGAUCAAGCGCAAGCUCAGACGCGAAAAUGCUAGCCCCGAGAAGAUUGUUCGCUUCUCCAACCUCUACACCCGUCUUCUCACUCAGCCGGUACUUUCGCAGAAAUGGGGGAUCUUGUUCUUGCUCUACAAACUAGGCGAAGCAGAUGAGGACCGUCCGGCUGAACCUAGCCGCAGUCCGUUGAUGGAUGAUGAGAAAGUACACAAUGUACCGGCUCAUGGUACGGGGCGCCUGCGGCGUGAUACGGUCGUCGAAUCGGAGGAUGAUGAAGGUCCGGCCGCGAGCUCGUCUGCAUCGCAACUACCGCGCGGGUCCCACGAGACUCGGUCACAGCGCCCGCGGUCCUUACGAAAGGACUGGGAGAGCUCCACUGAGCGUACAAGUGCCAGUCGCGCUAGUCAACAUGAGACAGAAGACGAAGCGGACAGCAUGCCCUCACCGACACAGACGCCAGCCGGGUUCCAUCGCCCGACAGAGGUGACUGAACAACGGCUCUUGCGAGACCUACCUUUCAAUCUGCAGGGACUUUCAUCAAAUAACGUCCAGUUCCAAACUUCUUCUGUGUUAAAACUACCGUCCGACCUACCAGCCCCACUUACGUCGCUUCUGAAUGCUUUGGCCGAGCCGUGUCUACUUUACAAGGAAUUAGCAGAAUUUGCCGAAGCUUCAGACGGAGGACUUGUCAACCAAAGCCUCAGAGCCGCCAUUGCAAAUGAACUGCGAUCCUACCUCGGGCUAGUUGCGACGCUGGAGGCGGAGAUUCGUCAGGCGCUGACUUCACUGACCAACACAACUGCGGCCACAUCACGGAAGGGCCUCGUAACUUUGAAACGAUGCGUUGUUUGGACGCGGGAUGCGACGAUGGCUCUCAGACUGAUGAGCUUGAUUGUGGAGGAAGCUAGAGACAAGAAGGGGGGCCAAUUGAUCUCUCUCAUUCACGGUUUCUCAACAUCUCAUGGAGACCCAUUUGUCUGCGCCUUUGCUGAGAAGCUGUUGGUGCACGUGACUCGGCCUUUUUACGACAUGCUUCGGCUUUGGAUCUAUGACGGUGAGCUCUCUGACCCAUAUAGGGAGUUCUUCGUUGCAGAGUCGGACCUACGAACCACCAUCGAUCCGAGACGGACUGCGACAAGUGUCUGGGAAGAUAAGUACAAGUUGAACGAUGACCUUGUCCCCACAAUCGUCACACAAGAUUUUGCCAAGAAGGUCUUUCUCAUUGGGAAGUCUCUCAAUUUCAUUCGAUACGGCUGUGGCGACUCUGAGUGGGUAGAGGCGUACUCGAAAAAAGCGUCAAAGGAACUGAGCUACGGGGACACGGCCACACUGGAGACUUCUAUUGACGAGGCCUACAAGACUACCAUGGCACGUUUGAUCCACUUGAUGGACGAUAAGUUCAAGCUUUAUGACCAUCUACGUGCGCUGAAGAAGUACCUUUUGUUGGGACAAGGCGAUUUUAUUGCUCUCCUUAUGGAGUCAUUGGCAUCUAACUUGGACCGUCCCGCAAACUCGCAAUAUCGCCACACACUCACAGCCCAGCUCGAGCAUGCAAUUCGAGCUUCCAACGCGCAAUUCGAUUCCCCAGACGUGCUUCGCCGACUGGAUGCACGUAUGCUCGAGCUUAGCCAUGGUGAGAUUGGCUGGGACUGCUUUACGCUGGAAUAUAAAAUCGAUGCUCCCGUGGACGUUGUCAUCACGCCAUGGGGCUCAACCCAAUACCUCAAGGUAUUUAACUUCCUCUGGCGUGUCAAGCGUGUCGAAUUUGCCCUCAACAGUACCUGGCGUCGCUGCAUGACCGGUGCUCGGGGUGUGCUCGGUAGCGUUGAUGACAAGGUCGGACCCGACUGGAAACGUGCACGCUGCGUGAUCGCGGAAAUGAUUCAUUUCGUGUGUCAAUUACAGUACUAUAUUCUCUUUGAGGUGAUUGAGUCCAGUUGGGAUCAGCUACAAGCCGAGGUCUCCAAGCCGGGCUGUACACUUGACGAUCUCAUUGAAGCGCACACCAAAUACCUGAAUUCGGUCACUCACAAAGGCCUGCUCGGGUCUGCGUCAUCCACAAAAUAUGGCGCAUCUACUUCUAACUCGAAGCAGCCUGAAGAGAGUUUCCUCAGCCAACUCCAUCAUAUUUUGAAGAUCAUGCUGUCGUACAAAGACGCCGUCGAUGGCCUGUAUUCCUUUUCUGUCACCGAGUUCACUCGCCGGCAAGAAUUGAACGCCAAGAUCGAAACUCGCACGGCGCAGGGUCGCUGGGGUCAAGUUAGUCACCUCGCUCGGUCAAACAGCCGUGGCGGUGCAUCUAUGGCUUCAACACCCGAUAUGCGGCCCAUGGGCGCAGGAGCCGAGGGCCUCGAUGCACCUUAUUCAUUAUCAACGCAUGACCUCGCUGCCGACGACAACAUGCUUGUAUCAUUGAGAGUGCGGCUCAGUGACCUUUCUGCUGAUUUUAAGUCGCGUCUGACUCUUCUGUUGAGUGACUUGUCCUAUCAACCAGACGUCGACAUGCGCUUCCUGGCCGUUGUCAUGAAUUUCAAUGAUGUCUACAAAACUAUCAGAAGGAGACCCCGCCAGACCCAAGGCACACGCGACAGGGACAGAGAUCGGGAUAGGGAGCGCGCGAGACGCAAAGCAGCUGCAGGCAGUACAGCGACGAACUCGGGCACUAAUUCAGGGACGGAGUCGCAAAUCCCGAGAGAGAUGCGCCGAGAGCGAAGUGCUGCUGGUCCUGACAUUAGGGCUAGCGGUAAUGGGCAAGGCGUCGCGAAAUAG